CGUAGGAGUGGCGUCGACGAGUACCGUGUUCGACUAGUCAGGUCUGGUAGUCGGCCGCUGUUGUGAGUGCGAACACGCGGGCCAGUGACUGUUUGUGCGCGCGCUCCCAGAUUAUCUUUCAUCGCUCGUUUAAAAACAAACAAACAACAACAACAACAACAAAAAGAUGGCGGACUCCCAGGACGACAAGCUUUACAAGGCCGAGUACGCGAAAAGUGGACGCGCUUCGUGCAAGAAAUGCAAAGAGAACAUCGCGAAGGACUCGCUGAGGAUGGCCAUCAUGGUGCAGUCGCCCAUGUUUGAUGGGAAAGUGCCGCACUGGCAUCAUUUCUCCUGCUUCUGGCUGCGUGCAGCCGCGCAGUCGACGUCCGACAUCUCUGGCUUUACCGAUCUCCGCUGGGAGGACCAGGAGAAAGUGAAGAAGGCUAUUGAAAGUGGAGGGUCUGUUGGAGGUAAAGCCGGCCGAAAAGGAGCAGGUAAAGGAGAGAAGUCGCUGAACGAGUUUGCGGUGGAGUACGCAAAAUCCAACCGGAGCACAUGCAAAGGCUGCGAUCAGAAAAUCGAAAAGGACCAGAUCCGUAUUUCGAAGAAAGCUGUAGACCCAGAAAAGCCUCAGCUGGGCCUAAUCGACCGCUGGUACCACACGGCCUGCUUUGUGAACCGACGUGAGGAGCUGGUGUUUAAACCCGAGUACAGCGCCCCUCAGCUAAAAGGCUUUGCCGCUUUGCGUGCUGAAGACCAGGAAGAUCUAAAGAAGAGACUCCCGACUGUCAAGAACGAAGGGAAAAGGAAAGCGGACACCGUCGAUGGAGACGCGCUGUCUAAGAAGCAGAAGAAAGAGGAGGAAGAGGAGAAAAAAAAGCUGGAGAUGAAGCUGAAGGAGCAGACCCAGCUGAUUUGGGGGAUUAAGGACAAGCUGAAGAAAUUCUGUUCCACCAAUGACAUGAAGGAGCUUCUGAUUGCUAACAGCCAGGAAGUUCCUGCAGGAGAAUCCAACAUCUUGGACCGUCUGUCGGACUGCAUGGCUUUCGGCUCGCUGAAGCCCUGCGAGACGUGUCAGGGACAGCUGGUGUUCAAGAGCGACGCUUAUUACUGCACAGGAGACAUCUCGGCCUGGACGAAGUGCGUGUUCAAGACUCUGACGCCUAACCGUAAAGACUGGGUGACUCCGAAGGAGUUUCAUGAAAUCCCCUUCCUGAAGAAGUUCAAGUUUAAGCGCCAGGACCGCGUUUUCCCCAAAGAGUCUCCUGCUGCUGCUCCUUCUGCAUCAUCCACGGCUGCUUCGGCUUCUUCCUCCAUGGCUUCCAGCACCUCCAGCUUUCCCACUGAACUCCCUACAGAGGUGCCCUCAGAUAAGCCUCUGACCGGGCUGAAGGUUCUGGCAGUGGGGAAGCUGAGCAAGAACAAGGACGAGCUGAAGACUGUGGUGGAGGAGCUCGGAGGAAAGAUCACCGGAACUGUUAGUAAAGCCACAUUCUGCCUCAGCUCCACGAAGGAAGUUGAAAAGAUGAGUAAGAAGAUGGAGGAGGUGAGGGACGCCGGCGUUCGCGUCGUCUCCGAAGACUUCCUCACCGAUAUCAAGUCCUCGGGCAAGGCGCUCCGAGAGCUCAUCUCCCUGCACGGUAUCUCCCCCUGGGGUGCCGAUGUGAAACUCGAGGCCCAGGCAUCAUCAACGGCUUCGAAAUCCACCGGAGCCGCCAAGAGCCAGGGGAAAAGCAAAGAGGACGAGGGUGGCAGUAAAUCGAAGAAGAUGAAGUUAACAGUUAAAGGCGGAGCAGCAGUUGAUCCAGAUUCAGGUCUAGAGAACUGCGCUCACGUGCUGGAUCAGAACGGAAAGAUCUACAGCGCUACUCUCGGGCUGGUGGACAUCGUCCGGGGAACAAACUCAUACUACAAACUCCAGCUUCUGGAGGAUGAUGUACAGAAACGAUACUGGGUGUUCAGGUCCUGGGGUCGAGUCGGAACAACAAUUGGCGGAAACAAACUAGAUAAGUUUUAUGACAAGAACUCUGCCAUGGAUAACUUCCGCAGCGUAUAUGAGGAAAAAACAGGCAACUGCUGGACCUCGAGCAGUUUCACCAAACAUCCCAACAAGUUUUAUCCUCUGGAGAUCGAUUACGGACAGGAUGAGGAAGCAGUGAGGAAGCUGACAGCCAGCAGCGGCACCAAGUCUAAACUCGCCAAACCAAUACAAGAGCUCAUCCGCGCGAUCUUCGAUGUGGAGAGCAUGAAGAAGGCCAUGGUGGAGUUCGAGAUUGACCUGCAGAAGAUGCCUUUGGGGAAACUAAGUAAGAGACAGAUUCAGAGUGCGUACUCUCUCCUCACAGAUGUUCAGCAGGCCGUCUCCGAUGAAGCUUCAGAGGCUCGGAUUCUGGAUCUGUCCAAUCGAUUCUACACUCUGAUCCCACACGACUUUGGCAUGAAGAAACCACCACUGCUGAGUAACCUGGACUACAUUCAGGCCAAAGUGCAGAUGCUGGACAACCUGCUGGACAUCGAGGUGGCGUACAGUCUUCUGCGCGGCGGAGCCGAGGACGACAAGAAAGAUCCGAUUGACAUCAACUACGAGAAACUCAAAACCAAGAUUGAGGUGGUAGAUAAAUCUUCAGAAGAAGCUCAAAUCAUUCAGCAAUACGUGAAGAACACCCAUGCCGCCACCCACAACACCUACACACUCGAAGUCGAGGAGGUCUUUAAGAUCGCCAGAGAGGGCGAGUACCAGCGUUACCGCCCCUUCAAAGAUUUACCCAACCGCCAGCUCCUGUGGCACGGCUCACGCACCACCAACUACGCCGGCAUCCUGUCUCAGGGUCUGCGCAUCGCCCCGCCUGAGGCUCCUGUGACUGGUUAUAUGUUCGGUAAAGGUAUAUACUUUGCUGACAUGGUGUCCAAGAGUGCAAACUACUGCCACACGUCCCAAGCGGAUCCCGUAGGCCUCAUUCUGUUAGGAGAAGUCGCUCUCGGUAACAUUCAUGAACUUAAAAAGGCUUCCCACAUCACAAAACUACCGAAAGGGAAACACAGUGUGAAGGGUCUGGGAAGGACCGCCCCCGAUCCCAGUGCCACCACGACUCUUAACGGCGUGGAGGUGCCGUUGGGUAAAGGGAUCAACACGAACAUCGACGAUACCAGUCUGCUCUACAACGAGUAUAUUGUGUACGACGUUGCUCAGGUGAACCUGAAAUACCUCCUGAAAGUCCGCUUCAAUUAUCAAAUGUCCCUCUGGUGAGAGACGCCUUUGAGCAAACCCUAAUCUCCACACCACUGUCCAUUCCUGAUCAAGCUCUGGUCUCCACAACACCCUCAAGACUGACGAGACCCCCGAGUUCCUGUCGUUUAUUCAAAUCUGCUGAUUUUAAUACCCAGCAGCAUGGGAUGACUUGCACUGUUCGAGUGAAAUGCCUUAUGAUUUGUACCGUCAUUUCAAUUAUACAAAUGUACCGCUGUGGGAUUUGAUCAAAACCGAGGGGUUUCUAUGGAGAUUUCAUUUCAACAGUAUUAGGUAGAAAUGUCUUCCAUUAGUUUUCUAGACGUUUUUUCUUUUUUUCUUUUUCCUUACGUUAUCGGCAAGCUUUUUUUUAAAUCGUUUAUCCUCGCAAAAAUUCACGUACGCGAAAACGGGACGACGUACUGUACAAUGUCGGUAGUAAACACGUUCGCACGCAUAAGAGGAACUUUUACUAGGAUUCCUGGUAUUUUAGUAUGUUUGUGUACCUCAGAUUUAUUCUUUUUUCAGUUUCUGACAUUCUUGAGGUAUAAAUGGUCACGUUGGUUCAAUUUCAGGUAGAAUUUAAUAGAUUGCUUUCAUGAGAAAGAAGAGCGGUUUGUGAAAUGGCUUUGCAAAAUGGUUCAAAUCUCAAUGUUUUGGGUUUUUGAGUUGGAAAUAUGAAUAAAAGUAGUACUUCAGCCCAGAAUAGUUGUUUGGAUCCGUUUCCUUUGGAAGCAUCGACUUGAAUGGAUUCCUUUUUUUUGUAAGGGGAGAAAUCCAUUGCGGAUUUUAUAUAAUGCCGAAUAUGCAUAUUAGUGUUUAAUGACUUGAGAUGUAUAUUUUCUCAAUUGUUUCGUUUUUUUGUUUGUUUUUUCACUUGCUUGAGGUCUAAUUGGUCUCGGUUGAGUUUCAAAGUAAAGCAGAACACCUUGUUCGAAACGGUUACCGAUCUAUUGUAAAAUAGUUCAAAUCUCAAUUUGUUUUGUUUUUUUGUUGGAAAUAUAAAUAAAAGCAGUACUUCAGCCCAAAA